ACACUAUUUAAACAGAGGGCUAUAGACCAGCGAGGAUCAAUAAGAUCAGCCAGGAGGCAGAGCGUGGGGGAGGAAGAUGCCCCACUAAUAACAAGUUGCUGGGACAGUUAGUUAACCUGCCACAACACCCUUAAAAAUCAGCCACCCAACAACCGAGAGAAAACCAGCAGCUCCCUCUUACCCCACGGGCCAGUGGUCUCGGUAUUAAAGUGUGCAGGGGGCGGAGGUUGGUAGCACUUUCUUGUUCUGUGCAGGGCACACGGGGCCUCGGAGGCAGCGGCGAGAGGGGGGAGGGAGCUCACUGCUAUUGAAACCAUGCCAUCCUUCUUCUUACUUAGCGUCCCCGGCAUCCUCACGGCUUGGAUGCUCCUGGCAAGCAGCAGCAGCCCCGACGAGGAGAAGCUGAUCAGGGUCCUGGUGCUGCUGCCCAAGGACAACUCCUACCUGUUCUCCCUGGCCAGGGUCAGGCCAGCCAUCGAGUACGCCGUGCGGAGCCUGCAGGAGAACGGGACCUGCCUGCCGGGCUACCGCUUCGAGGUCAGCUACGAGGACUCGGAGUGCGGCAACCGGGCGCUCUUCAGCCUGGUGGACCUAGUGGCCCUGAAGCAGCAGAAACCGGACCUGCUGCUGGGGCCCGUCUGCGAGUACGCGGCUGCCCCGGUGGCCCGGCUGGCCUCCCACUGGAACCUGCCCAUGAUCUCGGCUGGGGCGCUGGCCACCGGCUUCAGCACCAAGACGGGCGAGUACUCGCACCUGACCCGGGUCUCGCCCGCCUACGCCAAGAUGGGCGAGAUGUUCCUGGCCCUGUUCCGGCACCACAAGUGGAGCCGGGCCACCCUGCUCUACAGCGACAACAACCAGGAGCGCAACUGCUACUUCACCAUGGAGGGGGUGCAUGUGGUCUUCCAGGAGGAGGCGUUCCCCAUGGCCGUGCACAGCUUCGACGAGAGCGGCCGCUACUUGGACCUGGACGAGAUCGUGCGCUCCAUCCAGGCCGGGGAGCGAGUUGUAAUAAUGUGUGCCAGUGGUGACACAAUAAGGAACAUCAUGUUAGCUGCUCAUCGACAAGGAAUGACCAAUGGGGACUACGCUUUCUUCAAUAUUGAACUUUUCAACAGCUCGUCAUAUGGAAAUGGCUCGUGGAAGAGAGGAGACAAACAUGACCUUGAAGCAAAGCAAGCCUACUCAUCCCUCCAAACAGUCACUCUACUGAGGACAGUGAAACCUGAGUUUGAGAGGUUUUCCAUGGAAGUGAAAAGUUCUGUUCAGAAACAAGGUCUGAACGAGGAUGAUUACAUUAACAUGUUUGUGGAAGGAUUCCAUGAUGCCAUUCUCCUCUAUGCUCUGGCUUUGCGUGAAGUCCUAAAAUAUGGUUUUAGCAAGAAGGAUGGGGAUAAAAUUGUUCAUCAGACACGGAACAGGACAUAUGAAGGCAUUGCAGGGCAGGUAUCCAUCGAUGCCAAUGGAGACCGAUAUGGGGAUUUCUCAGUGAUUGCAAUGACCAACCCAGAAGCAGGCACACAGGAGGUGAUUGGGGACUACUAUGGAAAGCAAGGGCGUUUUGAAAUGCGAUCAAAUGUGAAGUAUCCUUGGGGUCCUGGCAAGCUGAGAAUAGAUGAAAACAGAGUUUUAGAGCACACGAACAAUACGCCUUGUAAAUCAUCAGGUGGCCUAGGAGAGUCAGCAGUUACAGGGAUCGUAGUGGGCGCCUUACUUGGAGCAGGAUUACUAAUGGCUUUCUACUUUUUCAGAAAGAAAUACAGAAUAACUAUUGAGAGACGAAGUCAACAGGAAGAGUGUAAUGUGGGCAAGCAUCGGCAGUUACGUGAAGACUCGAUUAGAUCUCAUUUUUCUGCCGCGUAAAGAAGAAAAAAAAAUCCCAUUCUUCCUGAAAAAAACUUUAGGGAAAUGGACAAAACCAAAGACAUCAGUGUAAAAGAAGAGGCUCUUGAAGAACUAAUUCUUUAAGCAGUAGAGUCAUUUUAUCUUAAUUUCUUUCAGAAACUCAGGAAUGAUUUACUAAUCACAUUAUGCCACAUGGCCUUUCAUCUCGUGGAAAAAAAAAAGAUAAUUUCACAUUGUAGGAUGUUCUUAGUGUUUUGAGAGGGUAUUUUCUAAAACAUUUAUUGAGGGCAGCAGUUUUGUGCUUAGGGCUGGGAAUGCUUCUUCCUGACCCCUUCUUUUUAACUCCUAGUUCUUCCUUUCUUAGCUGCAUCACAAGCAAGGAUAUCAAAAUGUGGUUUCAAUGCUGCUUUGCCAUUAAAAUAAAAAUGUCUUCAUUAUGGGCUUCCUGCAUUAUUGAAACCAAUUGGCCACUUUGCCAUGGACCUCAGUGGGUGCAGGAUUAGACCGCUAGAGUUUAAUCUCAGGAGUUGGUACUUGAGAUGUAAAUAACUAUUGAGAAAGUAAAGAAGGUGGAAACACUCAAGUCAUUUUUUCAUUGCACGUACAGUAUCAAAAUCAAGACAGGGAAUACAGAGACUGAAUCUCUUCUCACUUAUACUAGUGUAAGUCAAGAGUAGCUGCAUUGCAGUCAGUGGAGUUUCACUGGUAUGAGACAUAAGCAAGGGGAGAAACAGAACCCUAGAGUGGAUUUGCCUUUUCUUCAGCCUGACAUAUGCUUUUAUAUUGUAACAAAACAUCCCAGAAGAGUCAUCAUCCUUCUCUCUCUCCACCAUCAUCACCUCUUAGAAAGGCUAGUGCAGUACCUAAAGGGCCGGCUUCUGCUCCCAUUGAAGUCAAUGGCAGAAGUGCCCCUGAUUUCAGUGAGAGGAGGGUACGAUCCAGACUCUGUAAAUAUUAAUGAUAGGGGGGUGUUUGUACAGUAACGGUAAUUCAGAAGAUUUUUUUUUUUUUUUAUAAAAAUGACAUUCCAUGCUAGCAUUUUAUUUUUAGGUAUCUUUAUCUUGUAUUUUUCUAUUAGAAAAUGUCUAUUUUUGCUUUGGUAAAAUUAAAAGUCAAGGUGAGAAGGUUUGAAGAAAUAUUUUUACAGUGUGAAUAAUGUACACAGGAAGUC